GCUGAAGGAACAACCAAAUUUGCGUAAAAUGAACACACACGUUCAUGUAUACGUGCGUACUUGCAUGCGGAGUGCACGCAUUUUCCAAUUGGCGGGGGAAGAACACCGGGCAUGGUUCUGUUAAAGGAGUCCGCGUGGAAGAAUUUUUCUGUUGCACUGGAAUGCGCUCAGGAAGGAAGCGGAAGGAAGCAAAAGGGAAAAGGCCGCACAAUUGGGGGUUAAAACGGCCGCACCAGUUGGGGGUAAAAAUGCCCGCGGAGGUGUAAACACGUGAGGGAGUGAUAGCCCCGCCUAGCCGCCGCUCCCCUCGCUUCGCUCGAUUAGCCCGCUUCUUCCGCCUGCACCCGCGUAACAUGAGGAGCCCUAGACGCGAUGGGGGACUUUCCAAAAAGCGGAAACAGCUGAGUUACAAGAAAAGCGCGAGGUGUGUGAAAUGGAUUCACAAAUUUGUGCAGUGGUAUAGAAUGGAGAAGGUGAUCGGGCCGAUUUGGGUUCCCACGUACUGCUCAAUCAUAGUAUUUUUGCUUUUCCUUUUUUUCUUCAACCUGCUGGUUGGCGUAGCCAUCCUCAUAAUCAGCUCGAACUACAUCGAAUGCAGAGUCCCCUAUGAGUACAAAAGCCAAGCCUAUACAAAAUAUUCUAUCGUUAAAGUAACGCCUGAACACUGCAAGGGAAAUGAAAAUUUAAAACAAUUGAAGGGACCAAUAAACAUCCAUUAUGAGAUUUAUGGAGUGCAACAAAAUCACUAUCGUUUUUUGACUAGCUUUAAAAAGGAGCAACUACGUGGAGAUUUAUUUUUACAAGAAAAAGAACUGAGUGAAUGUUUCCCUUUAAUUACAUAUGAGCAGAGUGGGACAAGAAAAAUAUUACACCCCUGUGGGAUUCUACAGUGGAAUGUGUUUACAGAUAGCUACAUUUUUUAUGACAAGGAGCCGGAUGAGUCUCCAUUCCCAACCCCUUUGCCGUUGAAACAAAGGGCUGAGGAUAUCACCAUCAAAUAUUACCGCAAGUUUUUUAAAAAUCCCACGCGCGAUAUAAUCAAUUUGCACAAAAAAAGAAUAUACUUUUGGAUGGAUGAAGAAGUUCAGCUGAAGAUACUGCAGGAACACGCCGAAACGAAUGACAAGCUGGUUGUCUUGCCGCAAACGUUAAAAUAUAAAAAAGCUGGGAAGGCAGUUGAAAACAGCCACUUUAUGAAUUGGGUGAUUCCUUCUGCUUUUAAUUAUGUGAAGCGAUUGUAUGCCAAGCUGGAUGGCCCCUUAGUUUUCCCCUUUUACAUUUACAUCGAAAAUAAUUUUAAAAUCAGCGACACAAAAAUUAUAGUCAUUUCGAAUGCAGAUUUUUACUUCAACACAACUUUGAUUGGAAUCUUUUUUAUCAUCACCGCCGUUUUUGCGCUCCUCCUCUCUUUACUCUACUUCAUCCGGAUGAAGAAGCACCAGUUUAAGUAG